CUUCGGCUACGGCCCAAGCAGCGUGUCCCGGAUACCUGGGCUCUCAAUUACAGUCUCCAUCCGGUACAGGACCCGGUUGGACUGAGCCACAAGAAACCUCAUCAGCGCAAGUUUUGAAAAAGAUGAGCGGUUCCCUUAACCUCGAUGAUCAAGCAAUAGUACAGACCGAUACCGAAAUCGACACGCCAGAGCACGAGGAAGAAGUCCAGACAAUCGUCCAGAGCAUCCAAGACCCGCCCAGCCUUGAGACCUCCCUUAAGCUAUUCGUCGAGUUCGACGACAAGGAAGAACCGCGCGCCGAAGACGAAGAAGGGUCGUAUUACUGGGAUGCAGCGACAAUGGCACCUCUCAAUGCAGCCUCGACGCUCAUGCGAACCAAGGCCGCCAUCGCCCGGCUAAGAGCCUACAAACCCCCACCAUUCCCGCUCUGGGACCGCCUCCCGCUCAGCCGCCGCGCCGCCGUGCUGAUGCUGCUGUACGCCGACCGCCGGGGCGACCUGCGCGUCGUCAUCACGAUGCGCGCCGCCAGCCUGCGCAGCUUCUCAGGCCAUGCCGCCCUGCCGGGGGGCAAGGCAGAUAGCUUGGACGAGACACCCUACCAAAUCGCCCGCCGCGAAGCCUGGGAGGAAAUCGGCCUCCCGCUCGACGACAGCAAGCUCCCCGCACCCUUCCGCAUCGAGCACCUCUGCUACCUGCCCAUGAACCUGGCGCGCACCGAGCUGGUCGUGCGGCCGUGCGUUGCCUUGCUGCACACAGACAGCUCCUCCUCUUCGGACAAUCACAAUCCCUCUUCCUCCUCCUGCCUAGCACGCCCAACCGCCGAAGAAACCCUCAUCCCCCGACUCGACGCAAAGGAGGUCGCCGCCGUAUUUUCAGCGCCCUUCCACAACUUCCUCAAGGCCUCGGACGAGCUUCCUGUUACCACCACCACCACCAACAACAGUCCCAGUCCCAAAAAGCAGCAGCAGCAGCAGCAGCAACAACCACUACCGCCGGGGAAGUGGUACGAAGGCUACUGGAGCGACUGGCACAGCGAGCCCUGGCGGGUGCAUUUCUUUUACGUGCCGGUGACAGACCAGCGCGUGGUCAAGCCCAGGGUAAGGGAGGGCGGGUUGGCGGCGCUGGACGAGGACGGCGGUGGUAGUAGUACUAGUAGUAAUGGUGACAGUGAUGAUGAUGAUAAUACUAAAGGAAGGUACAAGGUGUGGGGAAUGACGGCGCGCAUCCUGGUCGACGCGGCGACGAUUGCCUACGGCGAGACGCCCGAGUUUGAGCACAACAGGCACUUUGGGGAUGAGAAGCUUAUUGAGACACUCGCGGAGAGGGGGGUGCUUGAGGAGAAGAGGAAGCACCGGGCGCCGGGGAGUGGUUUGGCUGGGGACGGGGGAGGGGAGCGGAAGAAGGUUGAUGUGGGGGUGUUUGAUGGUGUUCCUGCUGCCGAGGGGGAUAUUGUCAGGGAGGGAGGUGCCGGGAAGGGUGUAAAGGGAGAGGCGAGUAAGAUGUAG